AUGUCGGCGCUCUUUGCAGAAGUGCUCGUGAAGCCGCUGUUUCUGUGGGGAUUCAACACUCUUGGCUAUGUCUUUACGGGUCAGAUUGCUACCGCGGUAGCUGUACCUAUUGUCUGCGGUUACUUCAGUGAUCAGAUCACAAAAUUGCUAAGAGAAACAACGGCGUCAGUGAGAUAUCCGCAACGCGUUGAUGGUACUCUUGUGUUGAUCUGCUCGUGUCGUGGCUUCAUCGGGUUUGGCAUUUCUUACGGGCCUAUUGCAUUCGUGGAUAAAAUGGGCUAUGACGGCGCCUUCAACAUUUUUGCGGGGAUCAUGGGCGCGCUGAUGGUUAUCGGUAUCUUCAUCUACAUCUUUGGUACACAGAUCCGGAGGAGGACCCAGAGGUUUGUAGUAGGUAGCUGA